AUGGCAGGCAAUGAUGAUUCCUCGAGCACUAGAGCCAGAGCCAAAGCCAAAGCCAACGAACUACUGACAUAUGGACAACGCCAAGUCGAUCGAGUCGUCAGCCCACCUACCCGACAGAAGGCCUACGAUCGAGUUCACGAUUUCGCAACCGAGAGACCUAUUCUAUUUUCCUUCGUCGCAUUUCAAUUCACCCUCUCACUUGCGCCUAUUCUCCUUUUCGCCGGCUUCGCCAUGACCACCAUCGCCAUUUCCUUAAUAUCCGCCGUAAUGUUCUCGCUCUUUUGGAUCGGCGUUGCCACGCUCUUCCUCGUGCCGACCCUCUUUAUCACCUUCAGCAUCGCCUUGCUUCUCUGGGCCUGGGCAGCCGCCACAUUUUUCGCCGGACGUUGGGCCUACGAACGACUGCCGUAUGUUUUCGACGGCGAUGGCAAGAUAGUAGCCAACAACGGGGGGAAGAAGAUCAUAUUUGAAAAGAAGGACGGCGGUAGCACCGACUUCGGCAUCAAAGCUGAGGUAGCCGAGGUCAAGGAAUAG